AUUCGCGGACCGUUAAUUCGAACGCUGCAAUAUUUUAAAAACAGUUCCUAGAAAGUAAUAAGAAUACUUUGUUGCUGGUUCAAAGUGUCUUAUAUUUUCACUGUUUAAUUAUUUUUGUUCUUAUAUGUAUUAGAUAAAAAUGGCUGUCCGUAGAAUUGGUAAAAUGUGUACAGAUGCAACAGCAUUUUUGCUUUGUGAUAUUCAAGAAAAGUUUCGACCUUCCAUUGCGUAUUUUCCUGAAAUUUGUGUUGUUGCAGAACGUUUGAUUACAGCUGCAAACACACUCAAAAUUCCUCUGGUUGCUACAGAACAAUAUCCUAAAGGUCUUGGUCAUAUUGUUCCUGAACUUGAUGUUACAAAUGCAACCGUGUUUGAGAAAACACUUUUUUCAAUGGCAACACCAGAGGUCAUCAAUCAUUUGAAAGAUAAACGGCCAGAUCUUAAGUCAGUUGUUUUGUUUGGUUUAGAAGCUCACGUUUGUGUUCAACAAACAGCAUUGGAUUUCUUAGAGAUGGGUUAUGAUGUGCAUAUUGUUGCUGAUAGUACAUCUUCCAGAAGUAUGACUGAUCGAAUGAUUGCUUUUGAAAGGAUACGUCAAAGUGGUGGCUUCAUUACAACCAGUGAAUCGUUAUUAUUUCUGUUGUUGCAAGAUGCUAAACAUCCAAAUUUUCGUGAAUUACAAAAAUUGAUUAUGGAAUCAGCUCCAUACCAAGGACUAGUCCCAAAGUUGUAAAUGCCUUUUCAAGUUUUAAAUUUAAUCCUAAUUAGAAUAAUAAUAAUAGCCAUGUUUUCUUCUUUUUUAAUUUCAAUAAAUUUUUUCUUUUUUAUAUUGUAGCUCUUUUUUCUUCUAAUAUUUUUAUUUUAAUAUCA